AUGCUUUUCAUACCAUUAUUGCAUAUUCAGCAGUUAUAUAUUACCAUAUAUUUGUUAUUCCUUGCACCUUUACUAUUUAUUACGAUAUUGGUACCUGGAAUUAAGGGACAAAAUUUAGAGAAAUCAAGAUCAGUUUGGGUGGAACAAGGCUUAUUACUUGGUAAAAUUUACAAGUUAGCCAAUAAUCAUGUUCAAAUAUUUCGCGGUAUACCGUAUGCUGAAGCACCUAUUGGUCCUUUACGAUUUAAGCGUCCGGUAAAACGAGCACGUUGGCAUCAGGAAUAUGCAGCACUUCAUUACGGAGCUCCAUGCUUACAAUUUAUGGAAUUUCAUAAGCAAGAUAAAUUUGGUGGUUCAAAUAUGCAAAAUGAAAAUGAAGAUUGUCUAUUUCUUAAUGUCUUCUCACCAUAUGAUCCUGAAGAAGAAUCGAAAUUAUAUCCGGUUAUUGUAUGGAUUCACGGUGGAUCAUUUUUAGCUGGUUCAGGUGAUACUGGUAUUGAUAUGGAAGUGAUAACUAAACAUUUUACAUCUAAUGGUGUUGCAUUGGUAACGCUUAAUUACCGCCUUGGACUUUUGGGAUUUAUGAAUUAUAAAGACAACGAUCAUAUCGAAGGUAAUUUCGGUAUUUGGGAUUUGGUGAUGGCACUGGAAUGGAUUCAAACAAAUAUGAAGCAAUUGAAUGGUGACCCAUCAAGAGUUACAGUUAUGGGUGAAAGUGCUGGUGCAGCUGCUGCUUCGGUACUUGCAGUAUCACCCAAAACUAAAGGUCUGUUACAUCAAGCGAUCAUGUUAUCCGGUUCCUCAACUGCCGGUUGGGCUGUUCAUCGUUUUGGCCAACCGGCUUGGAGUGUAAAUAAUAUUGCAGCAUAUGUUAAGUGUGAGAAAGAAUUUGAUAAACAAACAACAGAAUCAUUAUUAAAAGCUGCCGGAUUGUCAACUAUCAGUAAAGAAUGUAAUAUGCAAGAUAAAAUACCUGAUUGUUUAACUAGUAACGAAGAAGUGAGUCAUAUGGAAAUGAUUGAAUGUUUACGAAAUAACCUAAAUCUUUCAUCAUUUUCAUUCCGUUAUGCAAUUGCUGCUGAGCUAGGAGUAUCGAAAAUGGUAGUGGAUGAUGAACUGAUACCACAAUCUGGUGCUGAAUUAAUUAGCAAGAAUGCACGGAUACCAAUCAUAACUGGUGUCGCACAACAUGAAUGGGCUCAUAAAAAAGCACAUGAAUAUGGUUUAAAUGAAUUCAAAAAUAUUUCAAUUGAGGAUUGCAAUAAUAAUAUUCGUAAAAUUAUCAAUGAACACUAUCAUACCGGUUGCGCAAAAAGACUUCAUAAUUCAACAUUGGAACUUAUCGCAAAUGCUAGCUUUUUAAGGUAUAUUGAUACGCCAGAAAAUAAUCGUAUUUUGACACGUGUUGUUCACGGAUUGCAAGAUUUAGAGGCGGAUAUCGAAUUUGUAGCGCCAGCGCAGCGUGAAAUUGAUAGUUACGUGGAAAAUGGCAUACCUGUUUAUGCAUAUUCAUUCAAUUAUUUCCCAAAAUCGCCAAUUUAUGAGGAAGAACAGAAAAGAUAUACCAUUUUUGGCAAAGAAACAAUUAAAGUAAAACGAAAAGAACUUCAAAUACAACGAAAUGGUCAACCAAGAGCAUUUCAUGGUUUGGAUCAUGCAUAUAUAUUUACAAAUGGUUAUAGUAAUAAUUUAUUUAUUGAACCAUUCACUAAAAGAGAUCAACAAAUGGCUAAAAUGCUUUCAACAAUGAUUACAAAUUUUGCCAAAUAUGGACAACCAACACCAACUGAAUGGAAUGGUUUUAAAUGGACACCAUUUACAAAUCAAUCUGCUCAAUAUGCAAUUUUAGAUUUACCUCCCAAGAAAGCGAUUGGUACUUUACAUUGGCCUGUAACAAAUUUUUGGAAUAAAGAAGCGGUACUUUUAGAAAAAUUAUCAUUACGUGAAAAACCUGUGCAAACGUUAAGUGAAGAAUUAACUGCCGAUGAACGAUUGCAGUUAGCAGCUUAUCGACGCGCAUGGUGGGCAUUAUGGUUAUUAGUUGGUAUGAUCGCAUUGGUCAUUUGGGUCAGUGUUAUUUGUAUGGUUGUGACACGAUGUCAUAGUCCUCGAGCAAAACCAUACAAUAAUAUUGUUGUCAAUAGGUGA